AUGUCCUCCUCCAACAACAAGGCUCAAGCGCAUCUGACCUCAGCAGAUUUCCAUUACGAUGCUCAUCCCAUCUUGUUUUAUGUUAAGAUGAAUUUUGAUUUUGAAGGCCAGAGAGAAAGAGAGCUUACACUUCAUCAAGGUGAUGUGGUUGGAGUUACCAAAGACAAUGUUCAAGGUUGGAGCGUUGGAAAGUUUAAUCACAAGAUCGGACUAUUCCCGACAGCAUUUGCAUCACCCAUACAAGACGGUGUUGAUGAUGCCGCCUCCAUUUUAACCAGAGUUUGGAGAGGAUACAAAUUUAGAAAAGGUCUCGAAAGAAAAAACAGAGUUAGAGAAAUUAUUUGUAUUAUUAAUGAAUUGAUAGAAACUGAAAAGAAUUAUUUGUACUUUUUAGACGUUCUUGAUACCUUGUAUAUUCAAGUGUUUGAAAGUAGACUAGAAGCAAAGAGGCCACUCAUUUCUCAAGAAGAAAUUAAAAAAGUAUUCGGAAAUGUUCGGCAAAUUAGAAAUUUAACCAAAAUACUGUUGAAUGAGGUUCAAAAACAAAAGAAUGAGAAUAGAAAUAGUGGAAAUAUUCCUAAAAUUCUAGAUGUAUUUGUAAAACAUCUGCCUUUUCUAAACUUUUAUAGCGACUAUGUGAAGGGCUAUGAUUUGGCUGUUGAAAUAGUAAAUGAGAUUUGUAAAAAGAAUAAGGAAUUUGACAAAAUUCUUAAACAAAGUAGAGAUGAUCCCCAAUCAAAAGGUCUUGGACUUCGUGAUUUAUUACCAAAACCCAUGCAGCGUAUUUUUGGAUACAAGAAUUUAUUUGAUCGUCUUGUGAAAAUUACCCCUUCUGAUUCUGUAAUUUAUUUAAAAGUGAGAUCGUUGGCAGAGAAUAUGGAAAAAAUUGUGUCUAAAAUUAAUGAAAGUAAGAGACACUACGAAACUUCUCAAAAAGUUGCAUCGCAAUUUAGUGGUCUACUAAAGUCAUGGAGAAAGUUUAUGAAAGAGGGAAGAAUUAAAAUACAGCACCAAAAUGAAAAGGGAGAUGAAUGGGCUGACUGUUAUUUGGCAUCGGACAUUUUUGCGUUUACCACAAGCGGAAAGAAGGACAUUGUGAUCUUGCCAUUAAUAUUUUCAGCUGUACUAGAUAAUUUUGGCGAGCACUCCAUAAUACUUUCUACAUUGAAAGAACCUUCCAUUACUCUCAAGUUCGCAGAUCACAAUGAAAAGAUGGAAUGGCUCAAUCUCACCAAAAAAAACAUCGAAGAAGAAAUUAAUAUCAACAAGAAGAAAUUUGGUUUAGAACAAGACCCUACAGAGGAAGCCGGUCAUUGGAUUCAAAGUAUUCAAAAAAUAGAAGAACAAAACAAUACCAUUAUCGACUUGUUGAAAGAGUUUACAGUUCAUAAAUCUUCUCUCUCUCAAUACGACUCUUCCAUUCAAAGAUAUAAAGAUGAAAUACGUAAUUUGAUCCAAAACAUUCAGAGCAUUCAAGAAGAAAGAAAAAAAUUAGAUUCGACAUUAGAUGAAUCCAAACAAAUUCAACAACUUGUUGCGGAUCAAGAGCACCUAUUUGAAAAUGUAGAAAAGCAACUUGAUAUGAUCAAGUCUCUCUGUACGGACGAUAGUACUUUUAAAAAGCUAUUUGGUGAUUCUUAUUUAAAACUCCAACAUGAGAAGAGAAACUUUGAACAGGUGAGAAAUCAAAGACUCACAAUGGACCCAGAACAACAAAAUUAUUUAACUUCAAAUACCAUUUUGGAUGCCAAGACACAGGAAACCAUUGAGGAGUUAAAGAGAGAGUUUGGUGAUGAGUUUACACUUAUUCAUAAAGUGAUUCAGCAAUUGGAUUUCCAAGAAAUUAAUUACGAAAUGGUGUAUCAGAAACAAGAAUAUGAAAACAGAAACAAAUAUUUAGAAGAGAAAAACAAAGGAUUGGAGGAAGCUAAUCAAAGGUUGAAUAAGAAGGUAUCGAAGCUCUAUGAAAAGAUCAACCAGUUAGAAUCUCAAAUAACUAAUACGUUACAAAAGAAUGAUUUUUCUAUGAUGGUCAAUGAGGCUUUUACACUUUUAGAUGAGAAACACACUUCAUUGCAAAGCGCCUUAGAACGAGAAUCAAGCCAAUUCAGGAUGCAAGCAGAGAUAGAUAACAUGCGUGUCAAUUUUGAAACAGAAAUUUCUCGAAAGGAAAGAGAAAUUAUUGAGCUCAAAGAAACAAUACAAGAAUUGAAAAAAAAGGACAAAACUAUCGACUCCUCUCAACUUCUUAACACGAGAGAGGAUAUACCAGAGGAAGAUAUUCAUUAUUUGAAGUCUCAAAACAACAACCUUAAAUCUGAGAUUCAAUCGCUACUCAACACUCUUCAUCAAACUCGUCAAGAAAAAAAAGAAGACAGGCAAAAGAUGUUGGCACAGCUAGACGAAAUUAACAAGUUCAACAAGGCUCAAAUUCAGUACUACAUGAGCAGUAACAAAAAUCUCAUUUCUACUAUGGCCUCAUCUCAAAAUACAAUGGUUGAGAUGCAAAAUGAAAUUGUGGAUUUGUACAAAAAGGUAGAGAAUUAUUUUUUGUCAGUCUCUGAACAAGAUCAGAUAAUUGACAAUUUGCGACAGCAAGUGGAAAGGUACAAGCAAGAAAGUAUGAAGUUGCAAUUCUCACUUGCUCAUUCCAUUACAAAAGAAAUGAAAUGGAAAAAACAGCUUGACGAAGAAAAGCAACACCAAAUGAAGCUUGAACAACUCAGGAAGAGAAGAUCUCAAAGAAUCGUACCUCAACGAUUUUCUAUUAAUGAUUUUUCAUCACCUGCAUUUGCAGCGGCUGUCAUGUCUGAACAUUUACAAAACACAGAAGCCCAAGUUGAAGAUACUCAGCGAUGUUCUAGUUCAACCCAGUCUCCCACUACUACUCUCCCACAACAGCAAGUCCCUCCGCCAAGACCAGUGACCAUGGCCUUUGAAAACACAGAUUUGAUCGUGUCUGAAGAUAUUGAGGAGUAUGUUGACCUAGGAGAUGUUCCAAGAAAGAAGAGUUUUGGGAAUGAGGAGAAACGAAAAACCAUAAGUUUCUUUAAUCCUAUUUUUACUCCCAACAGCAAACAAGAUAUUAACAUUAUUGAUGAGAUGAGGCAAAAAUUCAAUAAGAGAAAGUAA